CGGCGCGGCGCCCGUCGAGCCCAGCCCAGUGGGAGGGACAGGCGAAAGAGAAAAGGGGAGACAGUACUCUCAUGUGCUGGUCCAUGCCGAUCUUCCAGAAGGGAGCCAUAUGCUUGUUGGAAGCAGAAGGAGCAAGAACGGGAGACGGAUCAGCCUGCCCUUGGCUGCGCGGGAGAGCGUGUGGAUCUCCACAUCAGAGCCACCCCAGCCAUCUGUGACUGAGUUCCCUGAAAGAGAGGUGGACGAGGAGGAGGAGACAACGGCGGCAGCUUUAGCAGCGGUGGAUAACCCUGCCCUCGUCAGCAGCAGAAUAUGUGAAGUCUCGCUUACCAGAAGUCCUAAAACAGCAUCUGCAAGACUAUGAGAAAGAUAAGGAGAAUAGUGUAUUAUCCUACCAGACCAUCUUAGAACAACAAAUUUUGUCAAUUGACAAAGAAAUGCUGGAAAAGUUGACUAUGUCGUAUGAUGAGGCAGGUACAACAUGCUUGAUUGCGUUACUGUCAGAUAAGGAGCUCACAGUGGCCAACGUUGGGGAUUCAAGGGGCGUCUUAUGUGAUAAGGAUGGAAACGCUAUCCCUUUGUCGCAUGAUCACAAGCCCUAUCAACUUAAGGAGAGGAAGAGGAUUAAAAGAGCUGGUGGCUUCAUCAGUUUCAAUGGUUCAUGGCGUGUUCAGGGGAUCCUGGCCAUGUCGCGCUCACUUGGAGAUUAUCCGCUGAAAAAUUUGAACGUCGUCAUCCCCGAUCCUGAUAUCCUGACGUUUGAUCUGGACAAACUCCAGCCGGAGUUCAUGAUACUAGCAUCCGAUGGGUUGUGGGAUGCUUUCAGCAAUGAGGAGGCUGUUCGGUUCAUCAAGGAACGCUUGGAUGAGCCCCACUUUGGAGCCAAGAGUAUAGUCCUCCAGUCGUUUUACAGAGGAUGCCCUGACAACAUAACCGUCAUGGUGGUGAAGUUCAAGAAUAGUAGUAAAACAGAAGACCAGUAAAUUUCUCGUGUCUCUCUGCCUCUCUCUUGGUGAACUACUUUAACAAACCUUUACACUUCAACACAGUAGACCGCUGUAGCAACCAAACCAGCCCUGGAAUGAGGGAAAUCGCUCUUUUGACAAAUGGCAAUGCAGCAAAUACAUUCAAAACCAAUGUUUAAGAAACAAAUCCCUUCCCCGCCACCAUUUUCUUUCUUGCAGCUCUGUAAGAAUGUAAGCUUAGUACAUUCUUCCAUUGUAAAAGCUGAAGACUCCUGCUUCGAAUACCGGCAAUUUAUCCCCUUUCAAAGACUUGCUGGUUCUUGAAUCCAUACUUGGAUUAGCAUAGUAGGGCCAAGACCGAAAUGGCUUGUCUCUCAUAAGCAACAAGUGACAGAAACGCACUGGCUUUUCAGCAGCGUCACCAUCUCCAUUCUGCUAUGCCACUGCUAUGUCUCCCCCCCCCCCCAAUCUGCAGACACAGGAAGGCAGGUGGCGGAGAAAUUUGCAAUUGUUGAUCUGUCCUUUUCCUAGACAGAUGGAGAAAAGGAGCCUUUCAGUGCAAAGCAGGCAAUCCUCCUUUCUCUUUUCAUAGUUAAACAUACCCUUUCUGCAACAUAAUUAGGGACACGCUCUUGAGCUUCUCCAUAGCUGUGUUUUAUGCUGUCUGUACGCAUGCCUUUAAUGAUGCCUUGCAUAUCUAACUCCAACCCACAGAGAGCUUCUGGGGUCCUUGCUCAUCAGAAUAUUGCAAAAAAACAGCAUUAACUCUUGCUUCUUGUUGGGAUGGGGCUACAGCUGCUUGAUAAUGAUCAGAGAUGGUUUUCAGGAUUGGAGUGUGUAGCAAUGAAGGAAGUCAACGCAUUUUUAGCAUAAGAGAUGCCUAGAUAAAGACUUUGAUCUUGUUUCCCUUAUCAACGUUAGGUCAAAUGGGGGGUGGGGGGCAGGGAUGCUACAAGCAAGAAAUGAAAAAUAGCUGCCUAAUAGUUUUGGGUUUCUUAAAAAGAACCCGAGUGUUUCAGUAGGAGAGAAGUUAAGUUGAAAAGAUAGGGGGGAAAUGGUUGUGACAACCUAGGCAGGGCUUUUUUUCAGGGGGAACA